AUGGAAUCAACGGCAGAUAGAGAGCCUGGAUCGCGCGAUGGUCUGAUACAGGAGAAGCGUCAAGUAUGGCGACGCUAUCCAAUUUGGUGCUGGUUGAUGAGUGCUAUCCAACUUGCCGUCUUUCUUGGACAGCUUGGACAUGCUUGGAAACUGACGGGGACGCCGAUUCAGCUCAAGCCGUCAUUCAACCCCCUCAUUGGGCCGUCAGUUUACAACAGUAUCAACAUGGGCGCACGAUAUCCACUGUGCAUGCAUGCCAUUGCCAAUGUAACUGGCGUUGUCACAGCGUAUCCAUGCCCCAAUAACACAGCAUCGGCACUCACAUCCUCGAAUGCUUGUUCACUGGCGGAGCUCUGUGGCAAUGGUGCAAAGCCAAACGAGCAACCAACGCAAUGGUGGCGAUUCAUCACACCCAUCUUCCUGCAUGGUGGUGUCCUCCAUAUCGCCUUCAAUCUCCUGCUCCAAUUGCGAUUAGGUCCACAAGUUGAGCGAGAGGUAGGGACACCCAUCUUUGCCUUCAUUUACCUCGUCGGUGGCAUCGGCGGGUUUCUCUUCGGUGGCAACUUUGCAGGCGAUGGUAUUGCAAGUCAAGGUGCAUCAGGCGCUCUUUUCUCCAUCAUCAGUCUGAGUUUACUCGACCUACUCUACCACUGGAAGCAGAUUCAGAAACCCAUGCAGGGUCUCAUUACACUCAUUUUCGAUAUUGUCAUUUCCUUCGUGCUGGGCCUCCUACCAGGCGUCGACAACUUUUCACAUAUUGGAGGAUUCAUGUUUGGCUUGCUCAUGGGUGUUGCCUUGAUGCGAUCACCGGAUGCCAUCAAACGAAUAACUGGCACAGAUUCAACAGUCAAGCACUCUGGCAGAUUCUUUCAAGGACGCAAAGCUGCGUGGUGGGCUUUCAAUGCUUUACGAUGCGCUUGUCUCGUGCUUGUUGUCAUUACGUAUAUCUUGCUUGUUCAGAACUUCUACAAGGCGGAUCCAGUCAAGUGUUCUUGGUGUAAAUACCUCAGUUGCAUACCAGUCAGCAAUUGGUGUAGUAUCGGCGAUAUUCAGACACAAGCAGUCGUUCAGUAG